UUCGGGGCGCGGGGGGAGAAGCCCCGAAACGCGUCCGUUCCGGGAAGGAAGGAGUCAAUGGCUGCGGCUCGCACACGCCACUUCCCCGAGCGGGGCUGACUCAUCCCGGGCUCGGUCCCGCUCCGACACCCGCGCCGCGCUCCGGAGCCCGGCCCGAGCCUCCGCCGGUCCCGUCCCGAACGCAGCGGCGGCGAUUCCCCCAUGGAGACGAACCAGGAGCCGCGAGGAGACCCCCGCGACCCCCCCAGCCCCGCCGACGCGCCGGGGGCCGGGGAUGGCGCCGAGAGGGACGAGGCGGCGGGACAAGGUGGGGACAAGGACAAGGAGGAGGAGGACAAGCAGAAGGAGAAGGAGGAGGAGGAGGCUUUCCUCGUCAGCCUCUACAAGUUCAUGAAGGAGCGGCACACGCCCAUCGAGAGGAUCCCGCACCUCGGCUUCAAGCAGAUUAACCUCUGGAAGAUCUACAAGGCCGUGGAAAAGCUGGGAGCCUACGAGCUGGUGAGUGGUGGCCGUGGAGCCGGGGUGGGCACCAGGGUGUCCCCUGGGUGCCAGGGUGUCCCCUGGGUGUCCCGAUGUCCCCGGGGUGCCGGGGCUCACCCCUGCCUCUGUCCCUCUGUCCCGCCGCAGGUGACAGGCCGCCGGCUCUGGAAGAACGUCUACGACGAGCUCGGGGGCAGCCCCGGCAGCACCAGCGCGGCCACCUGCACCCGGCGCCACUACGAGAGGCUCGUCCUUCCCUACGUGCGGCACCUCAAGGGCGAGGAGGACAAACCGCUGCCCCCCAGCAAGCCCCGCCGGCAGUACAAGGUCUCCAAGGACGACAGGAGCAAGCGGGCCCGGAAGGAGAAGGGCCGCGAGCAGGCGGCUCCGGAGCGGGCGCGAACGGAGGAGGCGGCGGAGCGGGGCCGGGGCACGGACGGACACUCCAGCCCGGCCGCGCCGGCCCCCAGCCCCGCGGGGAGCUGUCCCAGCCCCUGCAGGAGCCACAGCGAGACCUACAAGCGCCUCUUCUCCAGCUUCUACUCCAGCGGGAACCACCCCAUCAUGUCCCCGCUGGCCAAGAAGAAGCUGCUGGCGCAGGUGAGCGAGGCCGAGUCCCUGCACUGCCACAAGCGCCGCUGCCCCGAGAGCCGCCGGCCACCGAGCCACAGCGGCCCCGCGCCGCCCGGGCCGGCGGAGCAGAGGAGCCCGGAGCCGUGCGGAGCUCCGGACAGAGCUCCGAGCGUGGCGAGCGAGGCGGGCCCGGCAUCCCCGGCGGGCAGAGACGGCCCGGGCUGCCCGCAGGACGGGAGCGCGGCCCCCGCCGUCUUCACCGGCUACUUCCACGCGUACCGCAGCGAGGGCCCGCAGCCCGGCGGCUGUGCCCCGCUCUGGGGGUACUUCUCCAACCUGAAGGAUUUUUUGGAGCCGCCCUGCGCCUUCCCGGCGCGGCCCGAGGAGCCCGAGCAGCCCGCGGAGCUGCGGAGCCGCCGGGCCGCCGCCGUCCAGGGCUGCUGGGUGCCCCCCGGGGCCACCUUCGGCCCCGCCGGCCACCAGGAGGAGGAGGAGGAUGAAGAUGAUGAGGAUGAGGAUGAGGAGGACGAGCAGCCCUUCGGCCCCAGUACCCAGACACGCGCCGCGUCCCCCUCGGCCAAGGAGGGCAGGGACAGGCGGAGCCGCUCGCCCGGGGGCCACCGAGUGCUGGCCAAACCCAAGGCCGUGGUGGCCGCCCCGGCUUUCACCGCGCCGCUGCCGCCGGACGCUUUCACGGGAGCCUCGCUGCGCUUCCCGGGCGGCCUCGGGAGCCCCCUGGAGCACCUGCGACCCCCGGGCGUGCCGCUGGCCCCGGCGCUCUCCGGGAGCCCGCUGGUGAUCCCGGCCUUCCCCAGCCCCUUGGUGGUGGCCCCGGGCGCCGGCCGCUUGCCCGGCUCCUUGGGCAGCUCGCCGCGGCUGUUCCCGGCGGCUCCGUGGCACGGGCAGCGCUCCUGCGGCUCCCCGCACGCCCCGGCCUUCCCGCACCACGGCCGGCCCUAGCGCUGGCACGGCGGGGACAGCGCGGGGACAGCGCGGGGACAGCGCGGGGACAGCGCAGGGACAGCGAGGGGACAGCGCGGGGACAGCCCGGGGACAGCCCGGGGACAGCGCGGGGACAGCCCAGGCUGGGCCGUUCGGAUCGCCCCGCUCAGGGCUGCUGUGGCACGGGCAGGGUUCUCUCUGUUUUCUAUAUAUCCACACAGAAAUCUAUAAAAAAGGGAGCAACAGCGCU